AUGGGUGACCAAAACUUUGUUGCAAAGUCAGAGUUAUCUCCAUCGGAAAAAUAUUGCAUGGCUGGUGAUCAAUGUUACUUAAAAACUUUCAAUGGCUACCCAGAUGAUCAUGAGUGUUACAUACAAAGGAUACCAGUUGGUUUUAGAUUUAAACCAACUGAUGCUGAGCUAAUAUCUCAUCACCUCACUAACAAAAUCACACACAAACCAUUAGAUCCUCACCAUAUCCAAGAAGUAAACAUCCGCGAUUAUGCACCUUGGGAGCUUACAGAUAUGUAUAAGGAUCAUGCUGUGGAUGGAUUAGAAUGGUAUUUCUUUACCAAGAGAGAACGGAAAUAUCCCAACGGGAACCGGCCUAAACGUGAUGCUGGUGGGCGUCAAGGAUAUUGGAAAGCUACUGGGACUACUCGGCUGAUUAACGACGAAAAUGGGAAAGAAAUUGGGUCUAAAAGGACUUUGGUUUACUAUAGAUGGAAGAAUAAGGAUUUCCCGAUCAAAGGAACCGAAAUUAAGACUGACUACAAAAAGCACGAGUACGUUAUGGCUGCCCCAGCAAAAUCUGCUGAAGAUCCUGGCACUGCUGAUAUUGAAUAUCCGACCGAGCAAGACAGUAAAGUGAAGGCGUUUACAGAUUUUUCCUUGUGUAAAAUAUAUUUGAAACCUCCUAAAACGACAGGAAACUCCGGACCUGACAAUGAGGGCUAUACUCCAGCUGAUUCUGAUGAUAAUGAAGAGGAAUUCGUCGAUCCGUUUCCAUAUCUUGGAACGAGUCUAAGUCCAGAGGAGGAAAAUGAACUCUUUCAGAGGGAACUUAUAGAAGAAAAUCAAACGAACGAGUACUUUAAUAAUCUACCAGAUACGGAUCCAAACCAACCAGAUUUCUAUGAUUUUGAUGGUCAAGAGAUUCUCACUGAUGAGCAACUCUCCUUUAUCAGUUGUAACCGGACUCAUUGUGCAGUUCCCACGCUACAGAAGUCACGUCAACCGCGGAAGCAGCGCAAAUAG